AAGGGAUUGUUAGCUCACCUCCAAGCUCUGUCACCAUGAAGGGACAAGUCUCCAAGAAAUCCUCCAGUGGCGGGAGCCAGGGCUUCUCUGGCCAUUCUGCCGUGGUCUCUGGCAGCAGCGGGAUGAGCAGUGUGGCCCGCUCUGGGGGAGCUGGUGGAGGAGCCUGUGGGUUCCGGAGUGGGGCAGGUGGCUUUGGCAGUCGCAGCCUCUAUAACCUGGGUGGCAACAAGAGCAUCUCCAUCAGCGUGGCUGGUGGCUCCCUGGCUGGUGGCUCUGGGGGAGGACGUAGCAGCUGCGGCCGUGUCUUUGGGGGUGGCUAUGGAGGUGGCUUUGGUGCUGGCUUUGGCAAAGGAAUGGGAGGUGGUUUUGGAGGUGCUGGUGGCUUUGGAGGGGCUUGUGGUUUUGGUGGAGCUGGUAGAUUUGGUGGGUCUGGUGGCUUUGGUGGAUCUGGUGGCUUUGGCUCUGGUGGCUUCCCUGGGGGAAUACAGGAAGUAACUGUCAACCAGAGCCUCCUACAGCCCCUCAACGUGGAGAUCGACCCCAAGAUUGGUCAAGUCAAGGCCCAGGAGCGGGAGCAGAUAAAGACCCUCAAUAACAAAUUCGCCUCCUUUAUCGACAAGGUGCGGUUCCUGGAACAGCAGAACAAGGUCCUGGAGACCAAAUGGAAUCUGCUUCAGCAGCAGCGCCCGGGCUCUGGCUCAGGCCCCAACAACCUGGAGCCUUUCUUUGAAUCCUACAUCAGCUUCCUGCGCAAGCAGCUGGAUUUGGUUCUGGGGGAGAGGGGGAGCCUGGAAGGAGAGCUGAAGAACAUGCAGGACCUGGUGGAAGACUUCAAAAAGAAGUAUGAAGAUGAGAUCAACAAACGCACUGCAGCAGAGAAUGAGUUUGUGGGACUCAAGAAGGACGUGGAUGCGGCCUACAUGAACAAGGUGGAGCUGCAGGCCAAGGUGGACUCCUUGACAGAUGAGAUCAACUUCCUGAGGACCCUCUAUGAGAUGGAGCUGUCCCAGAUGCAGAGUCAUGUUAGUGACACAUCUGUGGUCCUCUCCAUGGACAACAACCGCAGCCUGGACCUGGACAGCAUCAUCGCUGAGGUCAAGGCCCAGUACGAGGAGAUUGCCCAGAGGAGCAAGGCUGAGGCCGAGGCCCUGUACCAGACCAAGCUUGGGGAGCUGCAGACCACGGCCGGCAGACACGGGGACGACCUGAAGAGCACCAAGAGCGAGAUCAUGGAGCUCAACAGGAUGAUCCAGAGGCUGCGGGCCGAGAUCGAGAGCGUCAAGAAGCAGAAUGCCAAUCUUCAGGCUGCCAUUGCUGAUGCUGAGCAGCGUGGGGAGAUGGCCCUCAAGGAUGCCAAUGCCAAGCUCCAAGAGCUGCAGGCUGCCCUACAGAAGGCCAAGGAUGACCUGGCCCGGCUGCUUCGUGACUACCAGGAGCUCAUGAAUGUCAAGCUGGCCCUGGAUGUGGAGAUCGCCACCUACCGCAAGCUGCUGGAGGGCGAAGAGUGCAGGAUGUCUGGAGAGUGUCAGAGUGCUGUAAGCAUUUCAGUGGUCAACAACGUUACCAGCACGAGCAGCAGCUCUGGUGGAAGCCGUGGACCCUUUGGAGGGGUCAGUGGCAGCAGCAGCAGUGGCUACAGAGGCAGCAGCGGCAGCAGCAUCAGCAGAGGAAGCAGCAGUGGCUACAGAGGAGGAAGUGGUGGCAGCAGCAGUGGCUGUGGUGGCGUUAGCAGCGGCAGCUCUGGGGGCUACCAGAGCGGUAGCAGUGGGGGCUACCAGAGCAGCAGCACUGGGGGCUACCAGGGAGGUAGAAGUGGGGGUUACCAGAGCGGCAGCAGUGGGGGCUACCAGAGUGGCAGCAGUGGGGGUUACCAGAGUGGUAGCACUGGGGGCUACCAGAGUGGUAGCAGUGGGAGCAGGCUCAACUCUGGAAGCAGCAGCUCUGUGAGCCAGAGUGGAUUUGGUGGCAUGUCUAGCGGUGGAGGCAGCUCCGGUGUGUACCACUCCUAAGCCACCAGCUCGGGCCAGCACAGCUCUAGGUAAUCCUUCAGGGCCAAAUCUCCAUGCCCACCUGCUUCUCCUUGAGCUCGCAACAGUACUUCCCACACUCUUCUUAGCAUAAACAGAUGCCAACCCCAACCUUGCUUUUCCUCAAGCUCCCUGGAGAAUGGGCUGAACUUCUUCCUGACUCCUUCAUGCCCAAGAUGUCUCCUAGGCCAGGGAGGGCCAGCUGCUGUUCUGGGAUGAUGUCCCUAGAUCUGACCUUGUGAUGGCCCUUGAUUUUGGACAGCAACACUUGAGCCCAAACCAAUGUGGACCUUCCCAGCCUGGCCUGUUCCCUUCUGGCUCAUCUCUCUCUCUAACCAGGGGUUGAUGGUCUGAAGCUGGCAUGUUUCAGCCCCGAUUGGACUCCUGGUUCCCAGGGUGCCUUCCCACAUUUUGCCUUACCUAUGUCCCCUUAAUUUCCUUAGCUGUGGAUCCCCUGGUGAUGAUUAUAUUGUAUUUUCUUUUCUCAAUAAAUUGCACUGUAUUUCA